AUGUCAUCACGUAAAGCCAAAUUUGUACUAGACGAAGACCUUCUUAAUCUAGCUAGGGAACACUUCCUUAGACAAGAAAAGAAAUCAUUCUUGCUGGUAACGCGUCUCUCGAAAGUUUUGAGGAGCCAAGCAAAGACUUUCUGUCAAAAUCCACCUGGUCAAUCCCCUACUCCAACAGUACCAAUCACAAUAAUAUCUUUUGGUACUGCACAACUCAAUAAUUCAAUUACGAUAUUUCUUCAGAGUAUAGGUGUGCCAAAUGAUAACAUCACUGGUGUUGGAAGAGGAGCGCCUGCUUGCAACGGCUCCAAUAUUCAAAAUUAUCAAUUACAUAUUCUUGCUGCCGAACUCUUCAAUGGUGCUCUAACUGGAAUUCCUAAUGGUUAG